CGCGCACCUCUUUUGUCUGACUUCUUCAGGCCUGCAUACCAUACGCCUUCGACCCUGGAAAAGGCGAGCACAGCAUGUGCAGGAACGCUGCCGGGAUCCUUGAAUUAGCGACCUAUCCUCACCGGUAUGCUUGAGUUGACCGCCCAUCUCGAGGCCUCUCAUGUGCAGGAUCUCAUGCAGGAGGGCUAUCCUCGGUAUGCUUCCGCUGACAGCCCGUUUCUCAUGCAGGACUAUCUUCGGUAUGUUUCCGCUGACUGCCCAUGUUGGAGGGGCUCGCGCAUGCACAGCGGCGGCAGCAGGAUCUCACGCGGGAUUCAGCCUCGUCACAAACGCAAGCCCUUCAACCGACCUACCAACCAACCAACCAACCGCAUCACACAGCUGAUUGCAAACUGAUCCCCGAGAGGAUCACGCCAGAGCAGCGUUAUAACACGCCGUUCCUCCUCUCGUCGCCCGCUCGCGCAGCUCAUUCUGCUCACUCGGCACUCACCAGAAGUCAUGUCUCAACAAGACCAGGACCAGCGGCGGGACGAGGCGCUGAUGCGCAGGCGAAUGCAAAACCGCACCUCUCAGCGGAGAUUUCGAGGUUGGUAUGCUGCGGCCCUCCGUUCUCCCUGCUCCAGCUGCAGGUCGGUCGUGUCGAUCGCGAUGGUGCGAUAUCGCACCUCGUCGCAUCUGUUCGCGUCCCCAUUCUAACACGCAUACUCUCUCCUGUGUAUUUCAGAUUUGUCCUGUGCUAAUCAGACCGUCUCGAAUUUCCAGAGAAACGUAAUGCCGCACCCGCCGUUUUUGACGUGCGCACCCCUAACUCACCGCCGCUAUUGCCGCACCAGCAACCGCCUCUGGCUCUGGCUCUGCCGCAACCUCUA